CUAUUCCUCCCACUGACACCAAUGAUGGGGUGCUGUUCCUCCCACUGACACCAAUGAUGGGGCACCAUUCUUCCCACUGACACCAAUGAUGGGGUGCUACCAUGACACCAAUGAUGGGGCACCCUUCCCACUGACACCAAUGAUGGGGUGCUAGUCCUCCCACUGACACCAAUGAUGGGGCAUGAUUCGUUGCUCUGACACCAAUGAUGGAGCACGAUUCCUCCCAACUGACACCAAUGAAGGGGCACGAUUCCUCGCUCUGACACCAAUGAUGGGACACUAUUCCUCGCACACUGACACUAAUGAUGGGGCACCAUCCAUACCAUAUUGAAAUCAAAUCUGAUG